AUGGCAGUCAUUGAAACAAACACAAAGAGCUCUCUGCAUACUCGCAGCAAUAGCUUUCCCUCUGCAUCUCACCCACUUGUAUCACAAUUUGAGGAGCAUUUACAAAGAUUGAAGGGUUCUGAGGCCACCUCUUUAUUGUCAUCAUCUUCAGUAACCUACAAACUUAAUGGCAUGCAGGCUUUGCAUGACUCUGCUGAUAGGUUGCUUCAACUGCCAAUAGAACAAGAAGCCUUAGCACGAGAGUGCAAAGACAAAUGGAUCGAUGACCUACUAGAAGGGUCUCUUAGGCUCUUGGAUAUCUGUAGUACAGCUAAAGAUUGCCUUCUGCAAUCAAAGGAAAACAUGUACGAACUACAGUCAGUCGUCCGAAGAAGGAAAGGCAAUGAAAAUGAGUUCACAAUUGAGGGUGUAAAAUAUUUGGCUUCGAGGAAGAAGAUGAAGAAGCUAAUUGGAAAGGCCCUGGAAAAUUUGAAAGCAAUAAAAAAUGAGCACAGAGCUUCUUCCUCAAACAAAGACAAAGCCACUUUGUCGAUGCAUAGCUUCUUAAAAGAAGCAGAAGCAGUAACCCUGAGAUCAUUAGAAAGUUUAUUACUAUUUAUCUCUGACCCAAAAGGACACUCAAAUCACAGCAGAUGGUCAGCAAUACCCAAGUUGAUGACGCCUAAAAGAGCAGUCUGUGACUCUCGAGAAUCAAAUACAAAUGAAUUUGAAAAAGUAGAUACAGCUUUGCAGUCUCUCACCAGCCACAAGCCUUCAUCUAUUGAAAAUUUUCUAACUCACAUGGAAAAUUUGGAGAUGUGCAUUCAGGAUCUAGAAAUAGGAGUUGAGAACCUCUCAAGAAAAUUAAUUAGAAACAGAGUUUCCCUUCUUAACAUCUUCAGCCACCAAUCGUAG